AUGGGGCAAGUAGCAUCUGUACCGACGGAUAAAGGCCGAAGGUUGGAAGUAAUAGAUGCUGGAUUCUCUAGAACUGGGACAUUGUCCUACGCAUACGCUCUUGAAAUACUCCUUGACGGACCAGUACACCAUACAGCUACCCAGCUAUUCAACCGAGAAGAUUCCUACUGCAAAAAAUGGAAUCAAAUAUUUCGAUAUCGGCGCGCAGGCAAGCGUACUCAACUGCUUGAAGCGCUGGAUGAUGCUUUUUCGGGGUUUGUUGGUGCAACCGAUGUAACAGCCAUUGACUUCAUUCCAGAGCUCAUGGAGCUAUAUCCAGAUGCGAAGGUUGUGCUUGUCACACGGCCUUCAGCGGCUUGGUGGAAAAGUUUCAAGGCGGUGUCCGAGAACUCAGGCAACAAAGUAAUGGGUUAUAUCACCAUGCCACUGCCCGGUGUUCGAUGGUUUAUCGAUACAGCGCGAGGAUUCUUCGAAGCAACCGGAUACAAAUGCAACCCACUCUGGAUUGAACAACACAACGAGUAUGUGCGUAAAAUAGUUCCAAAGGAGCGCUUACUUGAGGUGGAACUGGGAUCUGGAUGGGAGCCAUUAUGCAAGUUCCUUCAUAAGAGAAUCCCAAACCAGCCAUUUCCCCAUGUCAAUGAGGCUGCAGCAAGAGAUAGAUUUACGCGGAAAAUACUGCAAAAAGCGGCCACCGCUUGGAUUGGGAUAUUUAUAACCAUUGGGCUUAUUGUUUUUUUUUGUUUUGUAAUUGUGCAAAAUUUUAAGCUUCAAGAAGCCGCUCCUGUGCAAUACGAAACAAAAUAA